AUAAACCUAAGGUAGAUGCUGUACAAUGUUGGUGCUAACAGAAAACAGAGAAAAAAAGGAGAACUUGUGGGGUUUUGCAUUUUUGUAUAGAUUUGUAUGAUUAUGUUGUUCUAGCAGUACUGUGUGUGUGUGUUCUCCGCAGCUGCACUGAACCCUGGGCUGACGAGCUGAAGCACCUGUGGGCGUCGCUCUCAAUCAGCGAGCAGGAAGUGUCUGUGGCAGAGAGGUCACCAAACUCAGGGAGUGAAGGAUCGCACCGAAGGAUCUCCAGAGGUCAGGGGCCGGACUGUCCCAAGUGUCCGAUCACCUCCACACCAUGGUUUACCUGCCGGGACUCAGCUGGGUUCUCCUGAGUGCGCUGCUGCACACCGUGGCACCCUGGGGCGCAGAGCGGCCGGACCGACCCAGGCAGUGCCGCGUACCGCAGUCGCAAAGUGACAUGAACUCCUUCCUGUGGAUGGUUAAACGACCAGCACCUCAUCCACCAUCAUACUUGUUUGGUACCAUCCACGUCCCUUACACACGGGUCUGGGACUUCAUCCCCAACAGCACUAAGGAGGCUUUUCACAACAGCCGCAAUGUUUUCUUUGAACUGGACCUGACUGACCCUCUGACUAUCUCUAAGCUAACCAGCUGUCAGCUGCUGCCCCACGGCGAGAACCUGCAGACGCUGCUACCUCGAGACCUGUACCGCCGCCUCAAACGCCACCUGGACUACGUCAAACACAUGAUGCCUUACUGGAUGACCGCUGACCAGCGAGGCCGCGGCCUUUAUGCUGACUAUCUGUUCAACGCAAUUGCAGGAAACUGGGAGAGAAAAAGGCCUGUGUGGGUGAUGCUGAUGGUCAACUCACUGACAGAGUGGGACGUCCGGUCCAGGGGGACACCGGUUCUGGACCUGUUCUUGGCUCAAGAGGCUGAGGGGAUGGGAAAAAUGACUGGGGCCGUGGAGAGGGUGGAGGAGCAGUGUCACCCCCUCAAUGGGCUUAACUUUUCUCAGGUUCUGUUUGCUUUGAACCAGACUCUGCUGCAGCACGAGGGCGUCCGAGCAGGAAGCCUGCAGGGCUCAUACACCACUGAGGACCUCAUCACACACUACAACUGCGGUGACCUCAGCUCCAUCAUCUUCAACCAUGACACCUCACAGCUGCCUCACUUCAUCAACAGCUCUCUCCCAGCUCAUGACCGGAUGACGGCCCUGCAGAUCGACAGCUACUUCCGUCAGGAGCUCAUCUACAAACGCAACGAGAGAAUGGCCCGACGUGUCUCCGCUCUGCUGCAGAGAAACCCGAACCAGACCUACUUUUUUGCCUUUGGUGCAGGUCACUUCCUAGGGAAUCACAGUGUGCUGGACAUUCUGAGGCAAGAAGGCUAUGAGAUCAUGCACAUGAGCGCUGAUCACCAGGAAACAGAGAGUAGACCUGCUGCAGGGUCCAGUGAGGAGACCGCUGUGUCCUCCACUGCAGCCCCCACCAGUUGGUCAACCAGUCCAUCUGAGGUGGAAUUAGGAGACCCAGAGGACAUCCCGGGCCUGGAGGACGAGGAACUGCCUCACAUGCUGCUCCCAGACAGCCUCAGCCAGCUGGAGGAGUUUGGACGACACAAACGCCCUCGCAAAGGUCAUCGUGGCCACGGACGUCCCCGUCUUUUCAGCGACCUGUGGGUUCGGAUUGGUGAUGGCACUACACCAACACCAAAUGUGAGGAUAAUCAACAACUACGUGACAGUGGAGCCCCCUCUGACCCAUCAGGAGCAGCGCAGACUAGUGAAGACCUCCACAGAGCAACAGCCCAGUCCGUCCCCCAGACCCAGCUCUGCAGAGACGGUCUCCCGUCAAAGCAGCCUCACCCUGUCCUGCCUGUUGGCCUGGAUUUUAUCACACGUGUUGUUUACCUCCUGACCACAAGACAGUGCUAUCUCACAGACAGAACUUCUACGCUGCCUGGUCCGUACCACAGCAGGGGAAUGUACCUGGUACCGACUGACCAUAAUCACAUGGAGAAAUAAAUAAUCACGUCAGUCGGAUCACACCGGCCAAGACUCAGUAAAACCUAAAUGUCAAGUCUCAAUAUGUGUGUAAUAAGCUCUCAGCCGCCAUGUUGGACCUUAUGGAAGUAUUGCAGUAGAUUGAAGGACACGUAGUACAACAAAGAUCUGUGAUAAUUUAUAGAGGAUUCUCUCAGCUAAUGAAGAUGUGAUACUGUACCAACAUAGACGACUGACAUUAACAAUGAGAAUAGAACAUACUAAACCAGAUGGGUCCAGGAGUACUGUGUAGAAGGUGACACACUCAGUCGACACUUUUGUAUAUUGUGCAUUUUGUUCAUAAAGAAAUGUUGUAUAUUUAUUAUUUCUGGAAGAAAAGACUAUAUUUUCUCGCUUUUUGAAGAAAUAAAUUGG